UUACCAAGAUGGAGGAUUUAGCAAUCGAAGUAUGCGGCGAGAAUGGAGCAUAUUAUAAGGCCUUUAUGGUUGAUAUUCAUGAUGAUGGAGUCUCUGUAGCAUUUGAAAAUGACUGGCAGCCACAAACAAAGUUUCCCUUUCGACGAGUUAGAUUACCUCCAGCAUUAAAAGAAGAAGAUAAAAAAGAUUAUGCUGAAAAUCAAGAAGUGGAGGUGUUUUCUCGUACAAAUGAACAAGAAGCUUGUGGAUGGUGGAAAGCGAUUGUCAACAUGACAAAAGGAGGCUUUCAUGUUGUCGAAUAUGUUGGAUGGGAAACAACAUGUACAGAAAUUGUACCAAGUGAUCGACUCAGAACAAAAAAUACAAACCCUCCAAUUACUAAAAAUACAUUUAAAGUUUUUGAGCUUGAAGUACCAGAAGACCUUAGAGAAUAUGCAAAGAAUGAAUCUGUUCAUAAAGAAUUUAAGAAGGCGAUUGGUGCGGCUCUUUGUCGUUUUGAUUCUGAAAAAAAUUGCCUAAAAAUUACGUCCAAAUCUGAUACUGCAAAAAAGCGUGCCACAAUGCUGUGUGAAAUGCAUUUUCGCAAUCUACGCCAAAAAGUUUUACUUCUAAGCAGGACUGAAGAAGCAGCAAGACAGUUAGAAAACACAAAACUACAUUCUAGUUCUGGUCAUGUUGAAGAAUUUCAGGUACGUGAAGAUUUGAUGGGUCUAGCAAUAGGUGCUCAUGGUGCAAACAUCCAACAUGCUAGAAAACUUGAAGGAAUAACAGGAAUUGAUUUAGAAGAAGAAACAUGCACUUUUAAAAUUUAUGGUGAUACUGAAGAAGCUGUCAGAAAAGCUAGAAGCAUGCUAGAAUACUCAGAAGAAUUGGUUCAGGUUCCACGUUUUCUUGUUGGUAAGGUAAUUGGCAAAAAUGGAAGAAUUAUUCAAGAAAUGGUGGAUAAGUCUGGAGUUGUUAGGGUUAAAAUUGAAGGCGACAGUGAUAAUCAAACACCAAGAGAAGAAUUCUCCCUUUGUUCACAGGUUCCCUUUGUUUUUGUUGGCACUGUAGAGAGCAUAAGCAACGCCAAAAUUCUUCUAGAAUAUCAUUUGGCUCAUUUAAAGGAAGUAGAAAAGUUACGGCAAGAGAAACUAGAAAUUGACCAACAACUUCGGAAUCAAGUAGGUUCUGUUCCAAGCUAUCCUGUUAUAAGGAGAGGUGGGUUUGAUAGAAACUAUUCUGAUACUGAAGGUGGACGUGGAAGGAAUACUCUCCCUCGUGGUAGAGGUCGAGGUGGCGGAAUGAAUUCCAAUCGAAGAUGGAGUGGUUCUGACAAUAGAUUUUCUAAUAAUACAGGUCAUCGUCGUGAUGUGUUAGAUCGAGAUGACAAGAAUUCAGAUUUACCUCCUCGACAAAGAGGUAGAAAUGACAGGCGUCGAGUAACUGAUGAAGAUGAAUCCGUUUUAGAUAGCCAUGAAGUCUCCAGUAUUGCUAGCAUGGAUCAAGAGAGUAUUUCAUCAGUUGAAGGUUCAAAAAAUCGUAGACGAAGAAAGAAGAAGAAAAAUCGUUACCAUGGAGAUACAAAUGUUAAUGAUGAUCAUUAUAGAAGUUCUGGCUUCUCUGAGCAAUCUACAUUAACGUCUUCUGAGAGAUCAGUAAAUAGUUUUAAAAAUACUUCAACUCCUUGUACAAAUGGUGAAGACAGCAGUUUAAAAAAUGGUAGCCCACAUUCUGCUAAACCUCCGCGUGAUCAUCCUAGGUCUAAUAAUGCCCCUCCUAACAAAGUUGAACUUUCUGUCUUAAAUGAAUCUUCAGUAGUUAAUGGUACUGCUUGAAAAAUAUAUACUUAGGUUUUUCUAUUGUACCUCUUUGCUAUAGAUAACAAUCCUUUUGUCUUAAUUUCUAAAAUAUUGUUUUUCUUCAAGCCUUAUUGUGUGAAUUAUAAAUUAAGUCCAGUAUGUUGCCAAAUCUUUUGUUUCAUUUGAUGUUAAUUUUUUUGAGUUUAGUUGAAAUUGUUUUAUGUUGAAUAAUUUUGUUAUUAGACAUGGCUUUUUGUGCUCUAUUUAAAUGUAAUAUAUUUAAAAUUUGAUACAUGAAUUUUUUUAUAGGAGUGUGUGAUACUGUUUUCUUUGAUAACUACUUAGACUGUGCCUUGUGAUGUAAAUAUAUUCACCUAACAUAAGGUUAUUUAUUGUUUCAUUUCUUUAAUUUCAAAUAAUAAAUUGCUGAAAUUCUGUUGUAUUGUAUUGUUGGUACUUUGAUAGUGCCAUAUUGAAUUAUAAAACCAUUGGUUUAACAAGAUUUAAAUCUGUUACACCACAAAAAUAUGCAAUUGUUUUCAGUUUGAAAUGCUCGAUAAGUUAAUUUUUUACAUCUUUAAUUUUAAAGUAAAAAUAUAUUGUUGUUUUUGGAAGGUAAAUUUUAUAUCUACUUUUUUUUUUUUAAAUGUUGGAUUUAAAAUAAUCUGUUAUAUUCUUAUUUUGUUUAAAAAUUGCUAAAAUUGCUUCUUGUUAACAAGUAGUAGGGGAAUGUGGUGGCAAAUUCAAAGUUAACUUAACCUUUUUCAGAAAUAACAAAUUGAAAAUUUGUUUUGAAAAAUACAAUGCAUAAAAAAAGAACAAUAUGUUCUGAUAGAACUUGCAUUGAAACAUUAUUUUUAAUUUUUGGCAGAAUUAUAUUCUGUUUGAUUAUUGAAAAUACUUUUGAUCAAAUAUGAAUGAGUAACUAAUUGAAUGAGCGAAUAAAUUUAACAAAUAAUAAAACAAUAAACAAAUAAGUUAACAUAUAAUAAAAAAGAUUAUGAGAUAGUGAAUUAAUAACUGAAAAAAAAUGUAAAUAAAAUAAUGAAGGUAUACAAAUGAUUUGAUUAAUGAAUGAAUACGUAAGUGAUUUCAUAAACGGAUCGUGAAUGAAAUGGAAUAUUUCACUUUGCCCCAUUCACUUUUAACAAAUUGUAUUGAACAUUUUGAAUCAAAUCGUGCUUAAUAUUAUCUAAAUAAGUACAAGACUGAACAUCAGUUACUCUCAAUCAAUACUUGAAAUGUUAAUUACAAAUUGUGUAUCAAAUUUUUGAAAUACUUGUGUUAUUAUUUUCCUUGAUCUUUAGAGCUAUUUAUUUUUUCAAUGGAAUCAACUGUGUUUAAAACAUAUUAAAAUAUUGCUGUAUAGGUGGCGCUGCAAACUUAAAGUAUUUUAUCAUUUCACUUUACUCCACAUUCCCCUUAAUAUCAGAUGUGUUACAUACACAGGCAAAAAGCAAGAUCUUCUUUGAAAUGUUCCAAGUUUUGAAAAACCUUGGAUUUUCUUGUACUAAAAAUUUAUUACCCUGUUAAAGUUAAUCAUAUUUGUAAUGCAGUAUUUUUCUGUGAUUUCAUUAAAAGUUUUUAAAUUA